UUAUAACCAUUUGAGUUAGUGACAAAUAAAAAAUGCGUAUGAAAAAAACGUUCCUGUUUUUUGAAAAAGAUUUCGCGGACACAGAAAAUGAACCACUAUUGCGUGACCCAGAUAGUGACGAUGAUGAUGAUGAAAACUGGAACCAGCCACGCCCCAGCCAGCAGUUCAACGUCAUCCGACGGGUGUACCAGCAGGAUGCCCUGAACAAGGACGCCGACUACCAGUACCCUGAGAAACCCUUGGGCUACCGGUGCAAGAAGGCCGUGAUUGGCUGCGGCUUCGGAGAAUGCCUGGCCAACUCCAUCCCCAUCCUGCGAUGGCUGCCCAAGUACGACUUCAAGGCGAACCUGAUGGGGGACCUGAUAGCUGGAGCCACUACUGCCGUCAUGCACAUACCACAAGGUAUGGCGUACGCGCUCCUGGCCGAAGUCCCACCGAUCGUGGGGCUGUACAUGGCGUUCUUCCCAGUUCUGGUGUACGUGGUGUUCGGGACAUCGCCCCAUGUAUCCAUGGGAACGUUCGCCGUGGCCUGUCUUAUGGCGGGAAAAGUGGUAACGCAAUACUCAACACACAUUGACCCUGGCAGCGCUAUGAACGCUACGGCUGCGACAGCAGAAAUGGGUGUCCCUAUAUACAGUCCGCAAGAAGUACUCAGCAUCGUGUGUCUUGCGGUUGGAAUCUUCCAGGUGCUGAUGUGGAUCAUGCGCCUCGGAGCCGUCUCCACGCUUCUCUCAGAGACGCUGGUAUCAGGGUUCACCACGGCCGCCUCCUUCCACGUGCUGGCCUCCCAACUGAAGGACCUGUUCGGACUGAAGCUGCCCAAACUGCCGAGCAAUUACAAAGUUGUUUAUACUGUGAUAGAGAUAUGCAAGAACAUCACCAACCUGAACAUAGCGGCCUUCGUCAUCUCCUUCAUCACCUGCCUCGUCAUCGCGCUCAACAAUGAGCUUCUGAAGCCAUGGCUGAGCAAGCGCUGCCGGGUGCCGAUGCCGAUCGAGCUGAUAGCCAUCGUGGUGGGCACGCUGGUGUCGAGGUUCGCAGACCUGAAGCAGGUCUUCGGGAUCGGCCUCAUUGGAUCCAUACCUACUGGCCUGCCAGUACCCCAAGUGCCUCCCGUAGAGCUGUUCCCAACGAUAGCCAUAGAUGCCUUCACGAUCACCAUGGUCACCUACACCAUAUCGAUGUCGAUGUCGCUCAUAUUCGCCGCCAAGGAGAAGUAUGAGGUGGACGCUAACCAAGAACUAUUGGCGCUGGGUGCCAGUAACGUGUUUGGAUCCUUCUUCUCAUGUGCACCGAUGUGCGCUAGUUUGUCUCGCUCUUACAUCCAGUAUCAGGCGGGCAGCAAGACAGGCAUAACCUCAGUGGUGAGCUCGCUUCUGAUCCUAUGCGUGCUGCUAUGGGUGGGGCCGUUCUUCGAACUGCUGCCGCGAUGUGUGCUCGCCUCAAUCAUCGUGGUAUCGCUUAAAGGCAUGUUCAUGCAAGUCAAGGAGCUGGCUAAAUUCUGGAAGCUCAGCAAGUUAGAUGCUGUGGUGUGGCUGGUCACUUUCCUCAUCACGGUGCUAGUCAACAUUGAUAUUGGAUUAGGAGCUGGUCUGCUAGCCAGCGUGGGAGCCCUAUUCUGUCGGUCGCAGAAGCCCUACACGUGUUUGCUAGGCCGUGUGCUUGACACUGACUUGUACCUCGACACCAAACGGUACAGAGCCGCUGAGGAGUUACCAGGUGUAAAGAUCUUCCACUACUGUGGCGGCUUGAACUUUGCCAGCAAGAACUUGUUCAGGGAAACCCUCUUCCGUAAGAUCGGCUACCUGAAGCCGACCGAGGUGGUUCCCGAUGAUGACAACAACCUCACGAAAAGUGACUCGUACGAGUGGGACCCCACUAUUGGGCAUCGGGUCCAAUGCGUGAUAAUCGACGCAACGGCGCUGUCGUACGUGGACGCGCCGGGAGUGAAGACGCUGGUGGCUGUGCAGCGAGAACUGGUCUCCAGCAACAUCACUGUUCUUCUGGCUGGGGCUAAUGGUCCAGUAUUAGAGAUGAUAUCAAAAUUCAACUCGCUGGAAGCUGACAGACUACAACUGGACACGUUCCCAACCGUCCACGAUGCAGUGGUUUACUACAAACUAGUUGAAGCGAAGAAGCACGAAAUAGCUGUCACGGUGACAGCGUGAUACCUGUCAUUAUGACAGAAGUUGGCAGAUUGCGCACGCGACGUUUUACGUGUAAGUGCGGUAGUUGGUGCCAAUAACUUUUGUCUUUUGAAGUAUGUUCAAAUAAAAUGAAAGUGCUUGAAGUAGAAUAGUACAGUAAAUUUUAACCUACAGCAAAAUAACGACCCGAAUGGAUUUUGAAAUUGGGUUAUGUCGUAAAAUUGAUUUUUCAAAAAAAUGCUACGCCAGAAACUGCCACGUAAUGCCACGAUAUUUUGUGGCAUGGUACAUUGUUUCAGUGCUUGCUCGCUACGAUUUAUGUCAUAAUCUUAUGAAUGGCACUCUAUCUUAUUUUUAACGAUAAAUGUGUCUGUUAUGUUCAUCUAAAAUCGAUAUAAUUCCACGAUUAUAUCGUGGUCUUUACACUAAAGCUUCAACCACACCAACGCGUGCAGAUCGCCAUUCAUGGGUCGCGCGACCUGUCAUUUCCCUAUGAUCGCGCCGGCGAUGGCGAUCUGCACGCGUUGGUGUGGUUGAAGCUUUACUCUAUUUUAAGUUUCAGAGUCAUGAAUGAAAUUAGUAAUUUUGUUGUAGGUUGAUAAAUUAAUGCUAUUUUAAUAGGCAGCUAGCAUUUGCCCCUAAAUACGGUUUAUGUUCCGUACUUAACGUAUAUUAACGAGUUUAAAUGCAAUAACUGCAACCCGAUCAAGCUAACUGCGCAACUAGCGGGAAUGCGACUCUCCCUCGCACUCACCCGCAACAGAGUAAAUACAAAUGAGUAGAUUAUCUUCAUAGAAACGCACCGAGCGCGGUUUGUAUGUGAGCGCGCCAAUACGUAUGCGGCGCGCACGCACACACUACCAAAAUUCGGCGCAACCACGACUGGCUCCCCGCUAAUCCCCGCUAUAUUUUGUCAGUGUGUGCGUGCGCACCGCAUACGUAUUGGCGCGCUCACAUACAAACCGCGCUCGGUGCGUUUCUAUGAAGAUAACCUACUCAUUUGUAUUUACUCUGCCCGCACACUUCCCCGCGAUCGACCCGUCCGUACCAGAGCGUCAGUGACGUCACGGCUAACAGGUACGCAGUUAACCCGACCGGGUUGUUUAUUUAAACGUUUUAUUUUUAAGUAGUAAAUUAAAUAAUUGUAUUAUUUAGUCAGAAUGUAUUUAAUGCAAAAUUUAUGCGAAAUUUAUUCGUAGUUUAGAUUUUUUAGAAUAAAGGACGUAGCACACUUGUCAACCCGGAAAGGGAUCGUAACCGUAUCAACUCGAGUCGGUCAGUAUUCUUUGUAUGAAACUCCAUACUGCAACGCACACUUAUCCGCACCGUAACGUAAACGCCUCGCCUCGCGGUUGACAGCACGCGAAAGGCGAUGACAGCUCCCGCAAGGCCAUAGGGUAUUGACCCUUUCCGAGUUGAUAAGUCCGCUAUGACCUUAAAAGUGUUAUUUUGGCUGUUACAACAGAUUUUGUACAAUUUAUAGAGAUAUCGAAAUGAUGCCAUAUUAAUGAGUUUUCAUUAUUUUCUUUUAAUCAGUCAUGAAUCGAAUAAUCUUGAGACUUAUCGAAUUUUCGAGAAUCUUAUAAUGUACUUAUUGUAUAUUAGAAAAAAAUCAUUUAGUUAUCAGUGCCCGUAGACAAUGAUUUUACCAAUUUUGAAUCGAUUUUAGAUAAUUAUAUCAACUUUUUGUACUUAAUUCGUGUUUUAACGAAUAAAGAAGCGAUCACACAUACUCGAAUCUAUCGUAAAUGUCAAAUUGUCUAUAGGCCAAUCCCUAGACAAAAUAACAAAUGUGACAGAUUCAAUUUCGAGAUCGUUUCGCUGAAAAAAGACUUAAGCCCAGAACAGACGGUGAAACGCAACUGCAACGAAACUGCAACUGCUAGUUACUUUUGAGUUGCAUCUAAGUUUCUGCCAUAGCGUCCGUUGAGAGACCACACAUGACGCGACCAGUUUGAAAGUUUAUGGCAGAAACUUAGAUGCAACUCAAAAGUAACUAGCAGUUGCAGUUUCGUUGCAGUUGCGUUUCACCGUCUGUUCUGGGCCUUAGCGAAACGAGUUUCAAAUGAAAACUGCCUGUACUGUAUAUUUGUGAUAAAUAUCCAGCCUUAUAGAUUUUAUUUUCAUAUCAAUACGUUAUUAUUUCAAUUAUUUAUGUAUUUAUAGCUAAAACAUAAUUAUGUACAAAAGUACUUAAUAAAGACUCUAGGUAAAGGUACACACAUGUUUUAUUACAAUAAAUCUUUAUUGAAAUAACUUAGAUAAAACAAAUAAUGCUAUUUAUUUAAAGCAUGUGGGUAUACCUAUCUAAUUUAUUAAAAGUAUAACAUUUUGUGAUCAUAUAAAAAGACAGGGUUGUCGAAAAAUAAGUUAAUCAAAUAUUAUAAAAAUAAGAAAUAUUUGACGACGCAUUAUGUCGUAUAAACAAAACUGUCUUGCCUUUGGCUCGCGUACCGGACUAAGUACUAAGCCAUUUUGUAUCUGAAAGAUAAGUACUUUCAUAACUAUUUUUGUAACUGAUAAUGAAGCAUUAUUUAAAAUAUUGCCAUUAUCCUGCGCUUCGCGAAAAUAUUUCAAAAACUUAUAUUUGACAACCCUAGAGCAUAUUUUAUUGUAAAAUAUGGUAAAAUACAUAUAGCCAGUAAGUCUGUUGUGAUAUUUUGUACCUAAAACUAUAAUGUUGUAUGUACUUAGGUAUAUAGGUAAAUAAAUGUUGAUAUUUUAA